AGGAGUCCGGCGGCAGUACUAGCGUGGAACGUCAGGGCUGGUGGAGUCUGACUGAAGCUCGUGAGGUGAGAGAGGACGGAGCGACUAACAGGAGGAGGAGGAACUACGAGCUGCACUCGGACCAUUUUAGACGUCCUCUGUAAAAAGAUAAAAUAAAAUAAUAAUGGCGUACCACAGCCCCUACAGAGCUCCCCCGCAUAUCAACGCUCCCCCGGACCAGAGCUUCUUGUGGAAUAUCUUCCAGAGGGUCGACAAGGACCGUAGUGGAGUGAUAUCAGACUCGGAGCUUCAGCAGGCCUUAUCGAAUGGCACAUGGACUCCCUUUAACCCGGUGACGGUCCGGUCCAUCAUAUCCAUGUUUGACAGGGAAAAUAAGGGCGGGGUGAACUUCAACGAGUUUGCCGGCGUUUGGAAGUACAUCACAGACUGGCAGAACAUCUUCCGGACCUACGACAGGGACAACUCCGGCUUCAUUGAUAAGAAUGAGCUCAAGCAGGCGCUGACUGGAUUCGGCUACCGUCUAUCAGAUCAGUUCUACGGCACUCUGAUAGACAAGUUUGACCGCCAGAGGAAGGGACAGGUGGCCUUCGAUGACUUCAUCCAGUGCUGUAUUGUACUACAGAGGUUGACUGAUGUUUUCAGGCGGUACGAUACAGACCAGGAUGGCUGGAUCCAGGUUUCUUAUGAACAGUAUCUUUCCAUGGUCUUCAAUAUAGUAUAACGCACACGGAUCACCACAGAAGAGCACACAACUGGACACGACUGUGCCAAAGCUAUCGGCACCUCCCGGAUAUCUGCCAUGGUGGACACUACAAGAUUUUUUUUUUUCAAUCCCAAUUUUUAGCCCUAGUUGGGCUAUGUCACUUAAAUUAAAAAAAAAAAAAAAUGAAUCUAAAGAAAACUUAGAGGAACCUUAAGGUUUUUGAGGUUGUAAUAUCCUCCAGAUGAUUGUCGUUUAUCUGGAUGUACUACUCCCAGUACUUGACGUAUUUAAGAAAAGAAAAUCUUGUAGUGUUUUGUUAGUUGACCAGUCUGAACAAUGUCUGUGUUAAGGACAAUGGGUCGGGGGUAUUAUGGACACAUCCGUCUUUCUGUCAGUCAAUCUGUCUGUUAAUGGAUAUUUUUAAUGUCUUAACUUUAAUUGAUUUAAAAGAAGAUGUCUGUUGAGAGUAAAAUGAUGCAUUGUAAAUAUGAUUUCAAAUGCAUUGCAUGCUUUUCAGGGAUAUUUAGCCCCCAACGUCGAAGCAUGCUUUUCCUUUCUCUUGUCUUUUCCUCAGCCCUAUUUUGCUCAAAGCCAUGUUUACAAAAACUGUGAAAGCAGGUAAUGCUCUGCUUUGGGGUUCACUGACAUGCCAGCUUACAUGCCAUAUUUGUACAAACUUAUUUUUAACAGCAAAUCUUCAAAGGUUAGAACAUCUAAUUUUUUGGUAGAGGGUAAAGCAUAACGCCUUUAGUAUGGCUUAUUUUUUGUGCAUGAUGCCUUAAGAUGUGUAUAAAAAAAACACAAAGGAAAUCUUUUAUUAAAAAAAAAAUGAAUGAAUAAAA